AUGGCCGUCGUACGUUCAAUGCGACGUACAAGUCCCACAACCAUUGUGCUGGCCGCCGUGCUGGCCUUUGGCUUCAUUUGCUUCCUCUUAUCGCCCUCGACGCCCUCCGCAGCAGCCGCCGCAACAUCGCAGCAGCGACAAGACAACACAGCGGAACACCCUCUCUCUCCACCGACAAAGCCUUUCCUCAAGUCACAGCCAAUUCGGAGCGAUGGAUACCAAGCGGCCCCGCCGGUCGUUCAUUACGAUCUCAACAAUCUCACCAGCACGAGUACCUCCGCGGCCAACCACGAGCGCAUCCUCAUCCUCACCCCGCUAGCUCGCUUCUUCCCAGAAUACUGGACCAACCUGGAGAAACUGAGCUAUCCGCACGAGCUCAUCUCCCUGGGCUUCAUCGCCCCCAAGACAAAAGACGGAAACGCAGCCGUCGCUGCGCUGGAAAAGGCCAUCUCCCGCACGCAGUCAGGUCCCAUCGACGACCGAUUCGCCAGCAUCUCCAUCCUCCGCCAGGACUUCGAACCUCCGAUCCUGUCGCAGGAUGAAAAGGUCCGCCACGCAAUGGCCGCGCAGAAAGAGCGCCGCGAAUCAAUGAGUCGCGCCCGGAACAGCCUCGUCUUCACAACCCUCGGCCCAAGUACCUCAUGGGUCCUCUGGCUGGACGCCGACAUCAUCGAGACUCCCCCUUCGCUUAUCCAGGAUCUGACUCGCCAUGACCAACCCGUCAUCGUUCCUAACUGUUUCCAGCGCUACUACGACUCGAAGGAGCGCAAAUGGGAUAUCCGUCCGUACGACUACAAUUCGUGGAUCGAUAGCGAAGAGGCGCAGGCGUUGGCGGCGAAUAUGGGUCCCGAUGAGAUCUUGCUGGAGGGAUAUGCGGAGCUUCCUACUUACCGUACCCUCAUGGCAUAUCUGCCGGACUUUAAUGAUCUUGAUCCGCAUCGCAUGGUCGCCCUGGAUGGCGUUGGUGGGACUGCGCUUAUGGUGAAAGCAGAUGUUCAUCGCGACGGUGCCAUGUUCCCUGCCUUCCCUUUCUUCCAUCUCGUUGAGACGGAGGGAUUCGCCAAAAUGGCGAAGAGGCUGGGUUAUGCGGUAUUUGGUUUGCCUGAUUAUUUCGUCUAUCACUAUAACGAGUAA